GGGCCGCGCGGCGGAUUUGAACGCGGCCGCCGCGCCCUAGCCCGGCCCGGCCACAGCGGCAGCGGCAGUGCUCGGCACGGCGCUGAGGGGUCCGGGCUGAGGGCACGGCCGCGCUCAGGGCACCGCACUCAGGGCACGGCUGCGCUCCCUCUCCGGCACCGCUCUCAGGGCACGGUCGCGGGGCCCGGGGCGGCCCAGCCGGACCGCUCGGCCGCAAUGGUAAUGCCCGUUCCGGUUUCUGGGUGUUAGGGACGGCUCCACAGGGAGUUCGGGCUGUUUCGGUGUGAGCGACAGGUUUAAAACAUCCUUGUAGACACUCAUCUAUAGCAAAUGCAGAAAGUACUGAAGACACUCUGAGGCUGCUUUUGGAGACAAAGACUCAUAUUUGCGAUAACAUUCCUUUAUGUUGGCAUAAUGUACAAGGAAAAUAAGGGCUUCGUGAAGGCGUGACAUGCAUAAGCACUUUUAACCUCUUAUCUUCAUAGUUGCUCUGUCACAGUGAGGCAAGUCUGGUUUAGUUGGAAGAGUUUAUUCUAGGAACUUGGUCUUUAAGAAGAUACAAAAGAGUUUGCACAGCUUGUAGGGAGGUGAAGACCUGCAUAUCCCUUUGGCAUAGUUAUAUUUGUUUUUCUCUUGAUUAUAUCGAUUUUCUAGUCUGAACAAUGGUUACUUUCCAGCAAAAAAUUUUACACUUGGUCAAGUGUUUCAGAAGACAAUGGCCUUUAUUUUCCAACUCUGAAAGGACUACUGUAUGUGGAGCAGACUGCAUGUUGAUGGCGUUACAACUGUCCAUGGCUGAAGUCAAUAAACAGCACCAUGGAGACUUCACAGUAUCACUUAGUGAUGUGUUGGAAUCAUGGAACUAUUUGUUACAUGACAAACUGGGAUUGUAUGAAAACAUGAAAGAACCUGAAAAUUAUGCUGAUGUGAAAAAAGCCUAUCAUGCCUUCUUAGCAAGAAGCAAUAUGUUAGAUUUAAUAGACAUAUAUCAGAAGUGCUGUAGUCUUGGACUUUUAUCUGAGGAUGAAAGCAUAUACCCUGUUCAAAUGUUGGAAUUUAUUUCUGGUGUAAUGAAUGCACAAGAAAAUAAUGGUUCUGUUCUUUCCACUCCUACACGAAUCAACAGACAGGGCCAGGAGCAUGUGAAGGUGGCAGUCCUGGCAAAGAAGUCUGUCUGUUCAUAUUUAAGCCUUUUGGUGAAUUCUAAGGAUGAUCUGGCAUUGGCUCAUAUUUUAAAUGUUCCUGACAGAGGACUUGGUAGAGAAGCCUUCACUAACCUCAAACAUGCCUCACAGGAGAGAAAAAUGUCAAUUUUUCUGAUGGCAACAUCUUUUAUCCGGACCAUAGAACUUGGAGGAAGAGAUUCUGCAUCUUCUUUGUAUGAUCCUUUAAGAGCCCAUGUAAAAGGGCUUUCCAACUUUGUGAAUUUUAUUGACAAGCUGCAAGAAAUUGUUGGUGAGAUCUUAAAUACAAGAAUUGCAGGGGGGCGAAUUCUGUCAACAGUGAAGAUGCAUUUGAUAAAAGGCCGAAGCAAUGGGGAUCCUUUCUGUCAGGCAGUAGAGGAAGCUGUACAAGACUUGGAUUUGAAGAUUAAAAAUAUUAUCGAUUCACAACAGGAAACCUCGACUGCUAGCACUACUGGAGUCAGUCCAGCACGGCCAAAAUUGCAUUCCAUAAAUCAUGGCACUGCAUACUGUGGCAGAGAUACUGUAAAAGUGUUGCUAGUUCUUCUGGAUGAAGAAGCUGUCAGUCCUCCUACCCAGAACAAAGCAGAUCUGUUGUGCGACAAUGAAAGCUUAAAUUUGUGUGGCAUCACCUCUGUUUUGACACUCUUCAGAUCUCCUGCACGAUCCAGUGGCUCUUCUCCAAAACCUCUUAGACAACGUAUUCUGAAAUCUAUGGAUGCAAAAGUAAUUAAGAUGAAGCAAUCUUCAAUUAAAUCCCAGUUUGCCUGUACGUAUAAAAAUGAUUUGAGUGAAAUGAGUGGUCAGCAUUCCCAUGCAAUUCCAACCUGCAAACAUCCUGUACCAAAGCAACAUUUAAAAGAUGGAAAACCCACAGAAGGUCCAAAUUCAUGUCUUGACGUACCAGGGCUUGGAACUAUUUCUGAAAGUGUUCACCAGACUAGAAGUUAUACAGAAAUGGGAAAGCUGAGUUGUCAGCCAAGGAACAAGAACUCUGAGAAUGAACAGAUGGAUUUGAAUAAUGACAAAAUAAUCUGUGACAAGGAAAGUGAACCAUCUUUGCAAAAAAAUACUAAAAGACUUAAGACUUCAAGCAGCUCUAAGAAGGAAUUGGACAGCAAAAUUGGUGGAAAAAGAAAACAGACCAAAACUGCAAGUAAGAAUAAAUUGAUUGCUGGUCAGGCAAAAUUAACUCGCUUUUUUCAACUCUAAGUUUUUGUUUUCACAUACAUGUAUGUUGACAGAUGUAAAAUUUUGCAAGAAAACAGGUGAAAUUUAUGAAUUACUUCCUUUCAUAUGCAAAUAAGUGAAAGUAGCUUGUAUAUUAUAGUAGACAAUUACUUACAAGUCUGGAUUAUGCUGAAGUAUUUUAUUUUUUAAUAACAGUACAUUAAUAAUUACACUGUUCUUUUUGGUAAUGAAUUAUGUAUCCCUCUACAAGGCAAUGGAAAAUUAUUUUUGGAUGUGUAUGUACAGUUACACUAACACUCAGUAACUUCAAAUUACAUUAAAUUCAGAAUAAAAUGUUUAAUCUUCAGAGAAGGUGGUGGAGAUGAGUAGUUUUCACACGUGCCAACAAGGUCGGUAGACUCUUCCCAGCAUACACCUGAGGACUACAGGAGAAAAAAAGAGCUUGAAAGUUUAAAUCAUCAAAGAACCACAAUUCUUAUGGCUUCUGGAAAUAUUAAUUUAACAAAUGCUCCCUCCCCCGUGCACCAAAUCAUAACAGUCAUGGAGUCUCUAAAUGAACCUUUAUCAAAUUGCUAUAUUGACAUUGCACUGUACUUUACCAGAAUGAAAUAAUUUUCCAUGUAAAAAUAAAAUAUAUUUACUGUCAAAAUCUCUUCUUCCAAUGGGGAAUUUAGCUGAAUUUUCUUCAUCUGUGGUCUCUCUUUCCUGUAUUGACUCAAUAUUUUGAAUUUCAGUGUCAGCUGGAAAAGCCAUGGCUCCCUUCAGUGCAGGAUAAGGUAGUUGCUUUCUACCUAAGUUGAUUGGCAUAACAUGAUUGAAGAAAUCAUGCCUGGAACCUCUGUCCUGUUUUGAGGGAAGACAAGAGGUUUAUCUUUAAAGUCAGUUGUAUCACAUUUUGUUCCUUAUAUUCCAACAGUGCAGUUAUUUUAUGUUUCAAAAUCAUACCUUAAUAGUAAUGACCUGUAUUGCAUCUUUGGCCAAAAUUGUUUAAUGGACAUAAUUAAAUAAUGAGUCCCAUGUUUGGCAAAGUUAAAAACCUGUUGCUGCAUAUAGGGACAUCAUCAAAUAUAAAUAAAGGUUUCUUCUUACCCCCAACCCCCAUCCUCCAAGUUUUGCCUACUGUCUGUGAAAAUCAGAUUUAAUUCAACUAUCCAAGUUACACAUUUAGAAUCUUGGCAUUAGAUAUAUAGAGUUGAAUUUUUUUUCUUGACUAUGUUAUGUUGAACUGGUAUUUUUAUGUAUUUACCUGGUUAUUGCUUUAAAUUGUUGCACUUGUUUUCUAAAGGUGUAUAAAUGAAUUUCAAUUUUACAAUUAAGCCAAAAUUUAAAACUGAACUCACCAAAAACUUUGUGUUUCCAGCAUUCUUAUCAUUGAAAACACCACUGUCUUCAGUCUUGUAGUACUUCAGCAAAGGUAUAGCUCCUCUGUUCAUACUUUUAUCUCCAUUUUGUAGAGUUUUUCCUAGAUUUAAUGCAGCAAGCAACAUAUCUUCAUCUUCUACCUCUUGCAGAGACUUUGAAACUGAGAGUAGAAAACCUUGAGAAAAAAGAGAGAGAAGGGAGAGAAUUAGGAUAUAUGAUGAGAUGCACAUUUUUUUAGUCAUUUAAUGCUUGCAUAGAGGUUUGGCACUUGUCAAAUUCUAAGAAAUCUUUUCCAGUGGUAAAUAAUUAUGUUUUCCAUUUCUGGAAUGGCACACUUUAUAUAUUUUACAGGUUGAAUGGAAACUACUUCAAUGGCUGAUGAGUUCAUGCUUUUAAAAUGACUCAUAUCAAGGAGUGACCUUUUCUAUAAUCCUUCUAAUCCCAUCUGUUUAGAACCAAAACAUUUCUUUGUCAUACCUAAUUUGUUUCUUUGUAUGUUUUUAGAACAGAUUAGUUUCUUUUGGUGGAUCAAUAUAGCAAAGUUCACAGAAAAAGUGAUGUCCAUUUGUGUUGUUUAUAAAGCCUUACCUCUGGUUAAGGCAAUUUAAGAAGAGGAACUAAUCUACAUAAGUAAGAGGGAUUGUUGUAUGAUGCCUCGUAGUUGUGAAACUGGAUUCACAAAAGAGCUGAAAUUCUGGAAAUUUGAUGAUGGCUUAGACUGUUACCAUGUUAAAGCUGAAAUAAUUAAUUUGUAUUUUGAUGUCUAUUAUGUCAGGUUGCAUUAUACCAAAGAGCUAAUGGCUAGAAAUGUCUAUUAGUACCUUAUUACUAUGUUAACUAUAUUAACUAUGUUUGUGUUUUCUUACUGAAAGGGGAUUUUUCUCUGCUACAAAUACAACAUAGUCAAAUAUGCUUGCUAAGAAUGUAGAAAGAAAAGUAAACUUCAGUUUUUCAUUUAAAAUGUCUUUGAAAUGUACUUAUUACCCCGUGGAAGGAAAUAUAAAAGUUUCUGCAUACUACUGUUGCAUUGCUGUCGUGUGGUGCUGGUUUUUGUUGUUGUUGUUGGCUGUUUUUAUUUGGUUUGGGGUUUUCUGCCUUAUCUGGAAAGCAAAUAGGGCCAGCUGAAAUUUAACUAAUCUCUUAAUGUCAGUGAUAGAAACCACACAUCCAUUGGCUGUGUGCCUCUUAGCUAGUGCUUCAUGUUUUAUCCUUUAGCUUAGAGCAGGGACCAUGCUGCUAUUCGAGGCAAAGCACUAGGAAAUUUGCCACUGUUCCCUUCUAAACUUCCUGGAAAAACACCUGCCUUGCCAAAGUAACUUCUUGGUAAGACAUUUCAUGAGAAAAUAUGUCAUGCUGGACUAAGCAGAUUUUGACUAAGAAACAUUUUUGGUGUACCCUCUUUUCUCCAAAUGAGAAAAGUGCAUUUCUGGGCAAAGCAUCUCUCACAAACAGAAUUGUUUCUUCUCAUUGUUUUAAUUUCCUUGCUGUAGAGUCUGUACUUGCCUUUGGCUAAUUGAAGUGUUUUCUUUCCAUUGACUUUAACUGUCUGGCUACAGAGGAGACACAUUUGAGAGUUGAUUGUAUGUGGUUUAAUACUUAUCAUCCAAUAAUUUUUAUUUUUCCCUCACAUUAAGUGAGGGAAAAUUUGUACAAUUUUGUUCAAUUAAUAAAGCAAAAGCUCUGUAUGCUCUCUUGCAGGUACUUUUCAUUUAGCUCAGCCUCGACAGAACAGGAGUGCUCUGGAGCUGUGUUGGCAGCAAGCUGUUCUUUUUCCUAUGUUGGUCUACCAAUUAAGAGUUGGAAAACAAGCUAUCAACCCAGUAAUUGGGUAGGUGGCAGGAGCUUCUGCUCCUCUUAAGCUCUGGCACCCCCAGGUGUGCAGCAUCUCACACGGGGCUCACUUUCUAAUGCUUCUGUCAUUUAAUACAAAGCACAGCUCCAAGGAGUACAACAGACCUGGAUCAUUCCCUUUAUCUGUCUACAGUGUCUGGCUGGUUUUCUACUGUGAGACACAAGCUGAUGUCAGCUGAUGUCAAUGUUUGUCAAGGCAAACUUAUGGUACUUGCCGCAGGAUCUUCUACUGCUUCCUGAAGUAGUUGUUAAUUUUUAAGGUUUGUUGAAGAUCCAAGGUGAUUGUGAGUGAUAAUGAGUAGAAACUUCUAACUAGGCUGCCAAGAAAUCCAGAGCACAUGUCUGUAGAUUCAAUGACUUAUCAACUGCUCUGAACAGGCAGAAAACAUUUGUACACCUGCAGAUAUGCAAUGUGCAUGUUGUGGAAAGCUCUUCAUAAUGCCUUGGGGAAUCCUAGCACUCUGACAUCUACACUUUUAUUCCUUCCUCCUGCAACUUAGAAUUUUAGUAAAAAUGUAAAAUGUUUUAAUGCAUCACCUUCUAUGUUUUACCAUUAUUUGGACUUUAAAAAAAUUAUAAAUAGUAUUAUUAACCCAGUAGUGCUUUC